GCAAGAGUGGCUGAGAGAGCGGCUCCACUUCCGGGUGCUGUGUGAGUUGUCUUUACGGGAGAAGUAGGGUCAGUCAGCUGGCCGGAGACACAGGAGGGGUGAGAUCGGUGUGUGUUGGAAGACGUGGGGAACCAGGACGCCGUCAUUAGCAGAUAUGUCUGACAACACAAGUGACACAACACCUAAUCACGCAACACUACCUGACCCGGAAGAGGUGGUUUCUGACCACGAGGAGCUCACGAUGGCUCAAGACUCUCCAAGCACAGCUGCUGAAAUAUCUGUAACCAGCAAUGGAGACAUUGAUGAUACUGUAGAUCACAAUUUUACCUUGGACAUGAAGCGGUCAGUACCCGCUGGACUUGGCCUUUCAGAAACUCACAUCACCUCACAUGGUUUUGAUGGCAGCAAAGAAGGAAUCGUAGAAGCAGGACCAUUUCAGGGUUCACUCUCCACACCCAGGUCUCCAGUAAUUUCCCCAAGUAGCACAGCAGCUAGCAGAUUGGCUGGACAAGGAGAUGAUUUAAUUGUUCCAUCAGCGGAAGGGCAGCGGGCACAGCAGAGAAGUGGCCCUGUUAUCCUCUCUGAAGAACCAAGAAAUACAGCUAUUGAAAAAUUUGAACUUGUUAGACGAUGGAGUUUAAAUACAUACAAGUGUACCCGCCAAAUAAUUUCAGAGAAGUUGGGACGUGGCUCAAGAACGGUAGACCUGGAACUUGAGGCACAGAUAGAAAUCCUGCGAGACAACAAAAAGAAGUACGAAUAUAUAUUGAAACUGGCCCAGACACUUUCCGCACAGCUCUAUUUGAUGGUGCAGACACAAAGGCAGCUGGGAGAUGCAUUUGCAGACCUCAGUUUAAAGUCUUUAGAGCUCCAUGAGGAGUUUGGAUACAAUGCAGAUACUCAGAAGCUUCUUGCCAAGAACGGAGAAACGCUUCUUGGAGCUAUCAACUUUUUCAUCUCUAGUGUAAACACACUUGUGAACAAGACAAUUGAGGAUACACUAGUUACUGUGAAGCUGUAUGAGACAUCCAGAGUUGAGUAUGACGCCUAUCGCACCGAUUUGGAGGAGUUGAAUCUAGGACCACGCGAUGCCACCACCAUGCCGAAAAUUGAGCAAUCACAGCAGCUCUUCCAGGCUCACAAGGAGAAAUAUGAUAAGAUGAGAAAUGAUGUCUCCAUCAAAUUGAAGUUCCUGGAGGAAAACAAGGUAAAAGUUCUUCACAAUCAACUAGUCCUGUUUCAUAAUGCAAUUGCUGCCUACUUCGCCGGGAACCAGAAGCAGCUUGAACAAACGUUGAAACAGUUCCAUGUGAAAUUGAAAACCCCAGGAGUGGAUGCUCCGUCCUGGCUGGAGGAGCAGUAAUAUAACCAAACCAAGACGCAAUCUCUGAUCAGGACCGAUACUAUUCAUUUGAUGAGAGGGACUGGGAUUAAGCAGUUCUCUUAAUGAUUUAUACUCAGACCACUUUCAAUUUCAUAAUUUUUAAUACGCUAACAAUGAAGUAAAUGAAAGAAGAUAUUAUAUAUAAUUGUAAUUUCUGUAACUUUAUUAGAGGACACUCCUUUUGCCUGUAUGGAGACGGCAGUCUGUUUCGUCUAGAUUGAUAAAGAAAUGUACUUUUGCACUGAAUACAACAUUUAAUCAUUGGCAUAAUUCCUGGUCUAAUUAGUGACCAAAUGUAGUAAUUCCAAAGGGUGUUUUUCAUGGUUUCUACUAGUAGUUGAUGAUUUUAUAUUUAAAUCUAAACAAACAUCUUCAAAAGAGUCACUUUAAUGUAAAAGUUGUAUGUUAAAAAGAAAUGCUGUUAUUUACCAUGUAAAUAUAAAGUCUUUAUAGAAUCUCCUAGUUUGUGCUGCUUAGACUGUUCAUUGGCAUUUCUUAUACAGCAUAUGCUUGUACACAUGUCCAUUUCCUAUGUUCAUUAUCAGAGGGCGAGACAAUGACAUUGAUAAGAGCUGCUUGCUUUACAAACUUGGAUUGAUCUCCAUUAUUUUAUCUGUUUUGUCCCAUCAGUUUCUGCAACAAAUAUGAGAAUGAUUCUCAACUUGAUUACCUAAUUUCACUACUCAAUCAAUUCAAAAGAGACAGGAUAGUGAUUUAAUGGGACUUUUGUUACACAAAUCUCCCUAUGUAAUUAGUUACUCAGUACCAAAUUACUUUCUUUUUCAGAUGAUUUUUCUUUCCCCCACCUCCCUCAAAUCCACCCUCUCUUUCUCCUCCUUUAUAGCUAUCUGUAUGUCCUAUGUAAUUUAGUGUUGUCACUCUGUCUUCUAGAAUGCCCAGAAUGCAUUGUUAUGGUGUGAUGUACAUGUGUGGGAAUUGCAGUUUUAUAGACAGCUAAGGUUGUCAAGGCUUUUAUAACUUAUAGAAAGUUCCAACCAAUAGAAAUUGCUUAUGGCUUUUUCUUAUUUCCCUUAGCCUUUUGUUCUUUAUUCGUCCAACUUGUGGACUAAUAUACAGAAUAAUCAUUGCUUUAGUUAUUAGCAAUAUAUUUUCUAUUGUGCAAAUGUAGUUUUUCUAAUUUCAGUGCUUUUAUGCAAUAAAAGCUACUAACUCGUGUAUAGUAUAAACUGUCGUAUAGACACUCCGAUUGUACCUUCAUUUUAUUUCUGUAAUUUAUGUUAUUAAUGUGCAUGUGAAAUGAUUCACUAAAAGUCCUGUUGAUUUAAGUACUGUCUGCUUAAACACACCUUUAACAUGGGCAAAUAGUAAUAAUUCCAUCCCUCCCAGAUCAUUUUCAUUAGUUUUAGUUGGAGUCUUGUAAUAAAGUAGAGAAGAGAUUCCUGUGCCUUAUGGCUCCAAAUUGCACUCCUGUAUUACUCAGUAGAGUGGCAGAGAUAGGCCACUACAUUCUGCUGUCUUGUAGAACCAUCUAUGUCAGGCAUGUCCAAACUGCGGCCCUCCAGCUGUUGAGAAACUACACAUCCCAGCAUGCCCUGACACAGCUUUAGCAUUAUCUGACAGCAAAACUGUGUCAGGGUAUGCUGGGAUAUGUAGUUUCUCAACAGCUGGAGGGCUGCAGUUUGGACAUGCCUGAUCUAUGUCAAUCUGCUGCAGUCUCUGCGGAUGUUGGGAUAUUGGGGAUAGUUUUUCAGAUUUAACCAUGCUGGCCUUAACUCACAAUGAUGUGCCUUUCAUAAGAUUUGACCAGGCUGCUUUUAAAUGGACUUUUAAAUCUCCUGUUCCAGCAUAGAACGGUAUUGAAGGACACUGGUACUGUAUGAUACACACCCAAGUUAUUUGCUGAAAGAAGCUGGCCAGUCACAUUGUACCAGCUAAUACAGUUAUUCAAUGAUGUCAUUGUUUAGAUGAAACUAUAUUGUCGGGCAAUGUGGAUUGUUUUUAUUGUAUGUUUUGUUUCUGUUGUUGUGUCACCCCUUUUUAUUUUUCUAUUAAUGUUUCUACGGUUCUUCAUAUGGAUAAACAGCUCUCCUUUGUGGUUAUUUUUCUUUCAAAUGUCUCAAAAAAUAUUGACUUUAUUUACAGUAUUUACUCAAUAAAUAUAUUGUUUGAUUUCUGUAUCAUUUGUCUACUUAUGUUAUAAUGGAUUAGUAUAUCUGGUUGUUAGUAUUGAGUUAUAUCAUGUAUGUGAUAUUUUCUUCUUGUGUCUGAUUACAUUCUGUUUCAUUACCUGGGUAUCACUUCUUGUAAUUAUAGAUUAUCAUCAACCUUUUGAAUAUGGCUCCUGUGUGAACUUUGUAUAAUUAUUAAAGGUGUUUGCUGCAGAGUAUUUUAAUUA